UCUGACUUAGUUCUAAGCAAAUCAAACUAAGCUCAUAGAAAUGCAUAGUCAAAUGAUUUCAAAGAGCUUAUUAGGUUUGCUUCUUAGGACUUGUUGUCUGUUCUUGUUUCUCUUGUCUGUAACAGCAGCAAAAUCAGCCUCUUCAAAAGUCAGGGUGUUCGACGUCAGGAAAUAUGGAGCAGUUGCUGAUGGCAAGAGCGAUAACACCAAGGUUUUCCAACAAGCUUGGAAAGAGGCAUGUCAAUGGAGAGGAAAAGCUAGGAUGUAUGUACCAAAGGGAAGAUACAUGGUGGUGGGACCCAUGGCAUUUGUUGGUCCAUGCAAGGGUUAUAUGAUGGUUCAAGUUCAAGGAUCAUUGAUAGCACCGUAUGGUCUAUCAAAAAAUAACGAGGAUAGCUGGAUUAGAUUUCAAUAUAUAAACGGUCUCAGAAUCUUUGGUGGUGGCACGUUUGAUGGUCAGGGAGCCUCAGCUUGGAAGUAUAGGAAAUGCACCCAUAAUUGCAGAAAUCUUCCCGUUUCAAUCAGAUUUGACUUUGUGACGAAUGGAUUAGUUCAGCGAAUACGUUCAAUCAACAGCAAAGCCUUUCACAUAAACGUAUUUGGUUGCAAGAAACUGAAGUUCAAAUUUCUUGAAAUUACUGCACCAGACGACAGCCCCAAUACUGAUGGGAUUCAUAUGGGACAUUCAAAUGAAGUUACUGUUUAUGAUUCCCAUAUAAGCACAGGCGACGAUUGCAUUUCGAUAGGCCCUGGCAGUUUCGAUACUUAUAUUUCUAAGGUUGUCUGUGGACCUGGACAUGGUAUAAGCGUUGGCAGUCUCGGCAAAUACCCCAACGAAGAAGAUGUCGUGGGUUUAAUUGUAAGGAAUUCUACGUUAGAAGGUACUGAUAAUGGCUUAAGGAUCAAAACUUGGGCUCCUUCUCCUCCUAGCAUUGCCAGGAACUUUACUUUUGAACAUAUAUUCAUGGAUAAUGUCCACAAUCCUAUCAUCAUUGAUCAAGAUUAUUGCCCAUCGGGGUCUUGCGGUAUCCGGUCUCCUUCCCAAGUUCAUAUUCGCGAUUUAACUUUUAAAGAUAUAUGGGGUACAUCAGGAACAAAACUAGCAGUGGAUCUCUCUUGUAGCAGUCGAGUACCAUGUCGGAAUUUUAAGCUCCAUAAUAUCCAUCUAUCGUACAAGGGUAACAGUCGAGUUUCAACAUCUUCAUGUUCAAAUGUCGAGGGAACUUCUUAUGGCCACCAGAUCCCACCUUCUUGCAUUGCUUAAGUAUUUUUUUUUCUCUUGGAAAGACAAGUAUACAUGUCAUAGAUAAGUAAUUGUUGAACUACAAACUUUUUGUUGAACUAAAACUGUAGAACUUGGGAUUGGUAUUCCAUAGACUAGGUCACUAGAGACUAGUGACUGAUCAUUUAUAAGUUGUACUCU